UAUUAACUCAAAAUGCAACCACCAAGAUUCUAUCACAAAGCAUUUAAGUGUCAUUGUGAAAUUAUUAUUCAUUUCACAAAUAAGGGGACUUUCUCUUCGAAAGGGUGACACUAAUAGAGCUACCUGUAAAUUGAAAAGUUUAAACCCAAAGACCAUGUCUACCUUUGGCGCUGAAGUGGAUCAGGUUUGGCCAGCGGUCACCGGUGAUUCCCCGCAUCUCACUAAUUUCGGACGCAAAUUGCUGAAGGAUUGCCGCCAAGUGCAGAAACCAAUCGGAGGAUACGAAAAUUUGGGCAAUGUGAUUAAAUUGUCCGCGGAGUUUCCGCUGGAGUUCGGCGUGAACAGUGUCAAAGUAUACCGGCAAUCUCCAUCGCGGCUUGCCCGGAUAAAUGAGGAAGUGGCAUCCGCCUAUCCAUUGAUACACGAACGUACAUUGGGCCUCUACUUGCAGUACUUGGAGCACAAGUGUCGUUGGGGCAACGCGGUGGAAAAGCCCAUCUACCGGAAUUUAUCGCUAUGCGGAUUUGUGCAACGUCUGCUGGUAAAGCGUUGCGCCAGCUUCUUUGCGCGGAACGACAAGUACCUGCUGGUGAGCGGAGAGUCCGGGGCCAGUGGCUUCGAAGCCGUGGGUACUCGGGAGGAGAAGGCGCCUCUGGUGCUGGCCAACGUGCUCAGCUAUGACGAUAUCAAGCUCUCCGCUCUGCUUUCCGUGAGCUCCCGCACGGAGUUUGUCAAUGAGGGCGAACGAACCAAUUGCGGUCACGUUGAUCUGAACACGAAAACUUUGGAACGUCACGGGGUUAUUGUGGGCAUGAUUGGAGCCCGUCUGUCGCGACGUAAUCUAAUGGAGUUCCAGGACAUUGUAAUCGCACGUCAGCAGAAUACGCGUGAAAGGGGCUACGGAAUGGCAUUGGAUGAGCCGGCUACCACGCGUGAUGAGGACUAUCGACGACUGUGGCGCGAGUUCUAUGCCACACGGGAUCUCAUCCACGGCCAGGCAGUCAUUGACAAUCAGCGUUUCGGACCAUCGAAAAACAAGAUGGACGUGUUCGACAAUCUGGUGAUGAAGCGGCGUUACGCCAUCAGCUUCGACAUGCUGCUGCUGGAGGCAGAGGCAAGGGCAAAACGCGUGAAAAAGCUGGCGUACAUCCAUGUGGUGGGCUUCGGCUUGGGCGUGUGGAAGGCAGCAGAACAGCAGGAGCGCAUCUUCAUGGAGACCUUCGAGCAGCGUAUGCGCACGCUGGGCAACAGGCUCAAUAACGUUGGCCUCGUGCACUUCUCCUGGUUUUCGAUCACACAUUGCGGCGGUCUAAGCAACGGAUCGCUGAUAGAGAUUCCCGGGCAUCCAAAGGAUGGCAUCAGGGUGCUCAUUUCCAAGCGCAAUCCAGCACGAAAAUUGAGUGAUCCUGAGCACGCCGGAAUGCUGCUGGUAGUCUCUUACGCUUGGGAUGGAAACGCCCUGCCGGGUAAUGAAUUCUGGAUGAAAAUGCUGCAGUCCACAGGUGACUCCUCGACGGCCUGCUCCACGUUGGUGGCCGAGCUGCACAAUCCGUACAUAAACACGAAAUUCUGCAAUGGAGGCAACCUGCACAUCGCCUCACCGGAGCACGGGGUGCUCCACAUAGCCGAAUAUGCCAAGCGGGUGAUUCGGAGCGAGAGUGACGCCUUAUGAGAUACGUGAAUCUGCCUGUUAUCUAAUCUUAUCUAAUCGUAGCUACUGUUUUAUUCCACACUUGCUGUAGGUCAAUUCCAUGACCUUUUGACAGACGCAUGACAAUUCCAAAAAAAAAGGGAAAAAAAAGGAUUUUAUAUUGUAAUCGAUUUUAUAAAACGACCAUUUUAAACCAAAACCAACCAAUUGAUUGAAUUGAACCAACCAAUUGAAGCUUUAAAAAGCCAUGAAAAUGCCUCGAAAACGAGAGAAAUAUGUAAUAGAAUUAAGUAUUUUGGUUAAACCAUCUUUAUGUUUGUAAGCAGUGUAAAUACAUGUGUAUAAAUGCAGAGCAGUUCCUUAUGCC